AUGGGUGGGUGCAUGAAGUUCCUUUUCCAAGAGGGCUACAACUCGCAGGACCACAGCAAAGACUUCAAUAGGUUUGGGGAAAAGUAUGUAGCAAAGAACGAAGAAUGGUGGGAGCAGUUACCAGAUAGAAAGGAUUACAGCAUCGGGAAAUAUGUCCUCAUUUAUGGCAAGCCGGAUCAGCAGGACGCCGAGGUUUGGGUUGGGAAGAUCGCCGAGAAAUACGAAGAUAACAAUUACGGUAUCCAAUGGAUGUACCUUAAGGCCGAAGGUGACGAGAAGACGCACGAGGCGCUGUCCCGUACAAGACACCGCUUUCCCCUUCGGUCGUAUAGAGUCUAA